UUUGUUAGACACACAUGCAUUGACGGCUAAGCGCUAACCUAAACAUAAUAUUCCGAGUGUAAUAGCGUCUUAUUGUGAAGAAACUGAUUAUUUACAACAAGAAUUGCAACACGGUAAGCGUUGUUAAUUAGUAAAGUAAAGUAUUAUUAGAUAUUUCUGUGUAGUGGCGGAAGGCCCCUCGAUAGUGCUCCUGGGCAUCGGACUUUCCUGCUGCAGGUCCCCGGCGGCACGACACGAGCGCGGCCCGUGUGCGGCUGGACGAAGCGCUCGGCGGCUUCCCAUACGUUAGAGUCGCAGCCCUACGUGCCGCCGGUCCCUGAACGCGCCUCGCCAUGAGCUCCCGCGUGUGCAAGACCUGCGGCUGCGCAGACAUCGACAUAGACCAGGCGCGCGGCAAUGCCGUCUGCAUGGGCUGCGGCUCUGUCCUCGAGGACAACAUCAUCGUGUCCGAGGUGACGUUUGUGGAGAACAGCGGCGGGGGAUCCUCUGCGGUUGGCCAGUUUGUCUCCUCCGACGGAACAGGCAAGACACCGGUCCUUGGAAGUGGAUUCCACACCAGCAUUGGAAAAGAGUCCCGCACUCAGACUCUGCAAAAUGGGAAACGGCACAUCAACAACCUGGGCCACCAGCUGCAGCUGAACCAGCACUGCCUGGACACUGCCUUCAACUUCUUCAAGAUGGCCGUAAGCAAGCAUCUGACACGUGGACGCAAGAUGGCCCACGUGAUCGCUGCCUGCCUCUACCUGGUAUGCAGGACAGAGGGGACACCUCAUAUGCUGCUGGACUUGAGCGACCUCCUGCAGGUGAACGUAUAUGUUCUGGGACGGACCUUCCUCUUGUUGGCCAGGGAACUGUGCAUCAACGCGCCAGCCAUAGAUCCUUGCCUCUACAUCCCCCGUUUUGCCCACAUGCUGGAGUUUGGGGACAAGAACCACGAGGUCUCCAUGACAGCGCUACGGCUGCUGCAAAGGAUGAAGCGUGACUGGAUGCACACAGGUCGCCGCCCAUCUGGGCUCUGUGGCGCAGCUCUUCUGGUGGCCGCCCGGAUGCACGAGUUCCGCCGCACUGUGAAGGAGGUCAUAGGGGUCGUGAAGGUGUGCGAGGCCACGCUGCGGAAGAGGUUGACUGAGUUUGAGGACACCCCCACCAGUCAGCUGACCAUCGAUGAAUUCAUGAAAGUAGACCUGGAGCAGGAAUGCGAUCCGCCUUCCUUUACGGCCGGGCAGAGGAAACUCCGACUGCAGCAGCUGGAACAAGAACUGGCUAAGAAGAUUGAUGAAGUUCAAGGGGAAAUCUGCAGCUACCAGGACGAGAUUGAGAUGGAGUUGGAGAACAGCAGGCCCAAGUUAAAAGGGAUCUAUGCCUCAUACACCAAGGAAGAUACGCAGGACGACACGCUUUCCGUGGCCUCUGGGUUUCCUGGUAACGAGGAUGGCGAGGACGAGGAAUUGGUGGCUGCCGCCAAACACCUGAACAAGGACUUCUGCCGAGAGCUGCUGUCUGAGCAGGACGAGGCAGAUUCGGGGGCGGAAUCUGGAGCAGAGUCAGAACAGCCUACCACAUCCAGACAACCGCCGCUGGCCUCUCUGCUAGGCCCCCUGCCCACUGCUGCUAGCCUGGGACUCAGCGACUCAAUACGGCAGUGCAUCGCUGAGAAGGAGGACGAAGAAAACUCUGAACACGGAGAGCUGGACCUGAACGGCAUCGAUGACGAGGAGAUCGAGAGGUAUAUCCUCAAUGAGAAGGAAGUGAAAAUUAAGACGGACCUGUGGAUGAAGCAGAAUGCAGACUACCUGAAAGAGCAAAAAGAAAAAGAGGAGAGGAUAGCAAAGGAGAAGGAACUUGGGAUAUACAAGGAGCAAAAGCCCAAGCGGCCACCAAAGAAGCGCGAACCCAUUCGCGCAAGCACUGCAGGAGAAGCCAUUGAAAAGAUGCUGGAACAGAAAAAGAUAUCCAGCAAAAUUAACUAUGAUGUUCUGCGUGACCUCAACAAGAAGGGCUGCAGCCCAAGCCACCAGUCUGAAGAGGCGGUGACCAGCCCCACCAGCAAGAGGCUGGCCAGCCGCAGGAAGAGGAACAUUGCAGCCCUCGGCCUUGGGAACCAAGUCAGCAACAUGGGCAAGAGGUUAAAACCACUGAUUUCAGGCCCCACCAUUAAGAAGCCUGCUGGGGACCAGGGGGUUACUAGUACUGUUCCCACACCGACCCCCGAAGUCUCACAACCAGUGGUGGUGGAAAGCGGCCCGGUGGUGUAUGAGGAUGUGCCGGAUGAAGAAGAUGAUGAAGACGAAGAGCCCUGUGUCAGCGCCAUGCAGCUCAUGGGAGGCAACGAUUAUGGAUGUGACGUUGAUGACGACGAAGGGAUCUAGUGGUGGAUUGAACAUGUUGCAUCAGUUUGCCUGUGUGCCUUUGCCACCCUUUAACCACGUGGGGUGUGAAAGCAAGGCUGAUGAAUAAGUGGGACUUCAGAAGAUGAACUGGAUCUGUGCUUUUUACUUCUGAGGAGUGUUUCAAAAAGACAUCAGAGGCAAACAGAGGGAAGGAGAGGCCUCUGGAAAGCAUGGUAUUGGUGCUUCCUGAAAAGAACAAGUGUGUUUUAGCUCGUCAGAUGGCAGUGAUGUCAAUGACUUCUUGCCUGAGACACAGAAAACACUUGUCUGCCAGCUUCAGUUCAGUGGUAUUGAUGAGUUGUUGAGCAGCCUUGUGGGUAAUGGGGUUUCACAGCACCAACGAUACAGGUACGAGGAGUGACCCAGUCAGACGUCGGAAUCUGCAUAUGUGUUUCCAUUCACCGUGGUAAACAGCAGUGGCAAAGCAUUGCUUCGGGGAAGACACGUUCCACUUCUCCGGGGUUUCCUUGUCAGUGCAUCUCAUGAACUGAAUGACAACAGAGAUGGGAAAAGUGUUACAUGCACUCCCAAACACACGCGUACACAAUGCCUGUAAUUCCAUAAUAUUCUCUGUUGACUAAUUAUAGUGAGGCAGUGUAGAAAUGACCUCUAAAAUUAGCCUGCUCUAGCAUCCAUACUACGAGGCUCAUCCACUCAGCCCAGAGGGGCUAUUAGCUAUUGCCCCUGUGAACUGAGAGCAGUCACCCAUCACAUCCACUUAGCAGCAUUGCUAGGCUGCCCACACCACUGCCCCCCAUUGUACGACACUGAUAAUGAUGUCCAGGUGUCCAGAUCUCAAGCGGAGCAGGACCUUGAUACAAGCUGUUUCAUACUCCUCUGUGCUUUGCAGAAACUCUGUGAGGAGUACUGUCCCCC